AUGAAUCCUCCCCCUAGUAAUAAGAUAAUAAACUGUCCUGGCAAAAGGGUUUCAGAUUACCUAUUUGUAAAGGAGAUAGGAAAAGGAGCCUUUGGAUAGGUAUUUCAAGCGAAAAACUUGCUAACUAAUGAAGUGGUUGCCAUAAAAUGUAUAGCAAGAUCGAAAUUAACUGAUCAUGGAGGAAUAGUUGGAUAAUUAAUUCAAAGUGAGGUGGAAGUGCUAAAAUAAAUCAAUAAUCAGCAUGUUGUGAGAUUAGUGCAGUAUUUAGAAUCUGCAAAUUAGUGCUAUAUUGUGUUAGAAUAUUGCAAUUCUGGUGAUUUUGAAUAAUUAUGGCAAAGUAGAAACAAAAGAAUUCCAGAGAAUGAAGCUACCAACUAUAUGAAAUAGGUAUUGGCUGGCAUGUAAGCCCUACAUGAGAAGAAUAUAUUACAUCGAGAUCUUAAGCUAGCCAACAUUUUAAUACAUAAUUCCACUUUAAAAAUUGCAGAUUUAGGAUUCUGUAAAUAAUUGAGUGACCCGAAUCAAUAAGAAAAAUUGAGUCUAGGAUCAUUGGGAAACAUGGCUCCAGAAGUCGUCGAAUAACAGCCUUAUGGGAUGGCAGCAGAUAUGUUUUCCAUUGGAAGCAUGUUUUAUCAACUUAUUUUUGGAUAAUUCCCAUUUACUAAUCAAAGUUAAUAAAAAUUUUUGGAUGACAUAAACAACAAUAAACCAAAUUUCAGAAGAAAUGGUUUAGUGAUUUCUUUAGAAUUAGAAUAGCUAUUAGAGAGAAUGUUAAUGAAGGAUCCAAAUCGGAGAUUGAAGUGGAGUGAACUUUAUUCCCAUCCAUUGAUGCAAUAAAAAGAUUUAAGAUAUGCUUAAUUAUCUUUGAAUGCCAUCCAAGCUGAUUUAAUAAACACAAAGGAGAUGGAACAAUUUUACAAAGAUAAGGAUCAAAAUAAAAUGGUGGAAAAGCCUUAAGAUAUUCUUUCUAGAUUAAAUAUUAAUAAAUAAUAAGAAUUUUAGAUUAAUAGGGUUGUUUCUUAAUAAUUAAUUGAAGAUGAAGGUACCCCAGGUCAGCUAGAAGACAAUAUUAAAUAAGUAGAAUAAUUGUAACAAAACAUGGAACAACAAAUACAAGAAGAUAAAUUGGUUGAAUAUUAUAUUGAUAAGUAUAUGAGAUUGAGAGAUGAGAUUGUCUAUGUUUCAAGAACUUUAAAUGAAGCAUAUGAAAAUCUUGGAUUAGAUUAAUGCUGUUUACUUUGCCUUGUUUUAGCUAAAAAGAUUUAUAUCUUAAAUGAAAGAUUGACCAAAACUCUAUUAGAGAAAGAUAAUAUCUUCUAAAUUAAUGAUAGAAUAUUGAUCAAAAUAUACGCGCAUCAACAUUUCGAAAAGUUUAUUUAAUAAAUUGUAGAAGAAACAACAUUUGCGAAAGAUUAUGUGACUUAUUUUGCAGAAUCAUUAUAACAUCAGCCCAAGCUCUUAUAAAACAAAUAAGGUUGGCAUUCAGAGAUUAAUAAAGAAAUUUCUCCAUAAUUCAAUUAAAUCUUUAAAGAAGUUCUAAAUGACUUCGUGUUCAAAUUAAUGGAAAAGACUCAUGAUAAUAAUAUGAAAAAAGAGUAUGACGAUGAGAAAAAAAAAUCAGACAAUAAGCAUUUAUUCUAAUUACAAAUACAUCUAAUUGACUGCAGUAAAUAUGAUAAAAAAUAUAAUUAACAUGGAGUAAUAUAAAAACUAUUUAAUUAUUAGAAAGUGAAUAUUUACGAGUAAUUUGAUGGACUAGCCAAUAAACCAGUUUUCGAAUAAUAGUAAUUAGCAUAGCAGAGAUUUGAUGAAAUGUUUGAUUGA